CGCUUCCGCACAACUUGGCAUGGCUUUUGAUGUCUGAGUCGAUCGGUGCACCAUUGAAGAAGCUUUUGUUGACAGUGUCGAUAGUAGGAAGUCGGAGAAAAGAGGAGGAUCCGUAGCGCGCGCGUUGUGCAGCAAUUCUUGCACUUGUCUUUUCUCUAGCUUUCUCAGUCCGUGUGAUGGCUGCUAGUUAUCUGCCGUGAAGCAGAUCUGGCUCGGAGCUGAUUUCCAUUGUGUAAUUGGCGACUAUAUGACGUGUGGACCUGACGUGAUUUGACGUGGAUCUGACGUCGUUCGUUUCACGUCAUCUGCCGAUACUUGAUGUGGAUUGAUUCGGAGCUGACGUGGAUUUAAGGUGGAUCUGACGUGGAAUUGAAGGAAGGUGUCUUACGUUGAUCUGACGUUCUCUUGACGUGAGCUGACGAUAUGUGAUGUGGAUUUGAGGUGGAUAUGAUGUGGCUUACGUUGCGUCGAAACUAGCGUGGAUUUGGCGUUGGAUUUCAUGUGGAUUUGACGUGGAUUUGAAGUGAUUUGGACUUGAUUUAGGUUGAGAUUGAGAGUGCGCAGCAGCGGAUCGCAGAGUCGUUGCAGGUUAGUACUCUGGUAAUUGACGCAGGAGGUGCAGCUGUAUCAAUCUAGACGCGUAUAAAGAGACUGGCAGCAAUGGUAGGCGGUUUCGGCCGACGAGGUGGCGGGCUGGGAAACGGAGUGGAGCAUGAUGACGACGACUCCGCUCGCGCUCGCUCUGAGCAUCCGCAUCCGGAGGUGCUACAGCUCAGUCAGUGUCUGCCAAGGGUGCUAAUCGUCUCUCGCCGCACUGUGCGCAAGAAUAAAUUCGUCGAUUUCGUCGGUGAAUAUCAUUUGGAUCUGAUUGUUCGUUACGGAGCCGUGCCGAUUAUCGUACCUCGAGUGACCGGGCUAGAUGGCUUGUUGGACAGCUUUGAGCCCAUACAUGGAGUUCUACUGUGUGAGGGGGAGGAUAUUGAUCCUGCGUUGUAUGAUGUCGACUACUCUAGUCUCAGCCCCGAGGAGAUUGAGGAAAUCAAGCUCGCGCACAGUAGUGACGUGGCAAUUGAUAAAGACAAGGAUUCGAUCGAAUUUGCCUUAGCCCGUCGAUGUCUGGAGCGCAGUAUUCCUUAUUUAGGAAUAUGCCGUGGGAGUCAGAUUCUCAAUGUUGCAUGCGGAGGUUCGUUGUAUCAAGACGUUGAGCGGGAGAUCAGUCGAGCCCAGAAGAAAAGGCAACACCAUCAGCAUCAUCAACAGCAGCAGCAGCAGCAGCAGCAGCAGCAGCAGCAGGUCCCGGGUGAAGAUGGAAUUAAUCACAAGGAGCAGCAGCAGCAGCAGCAGAAACAAGCUUCUGAGCUUUCUGACGAAGAUGUGCAGAAUCAAGUUGGAGAGCUUUCUGAUGAAGUCAAUGGAGGUGGAAGUGGUAUUAAUCAACAGCAAGAACGACGAUCGACGCGUACUGCGCUCUCUGCUCCAUCGCCUUCUUCCUCUGUUGACGGCGACAGCGAUGGCGACGGCUAUAACUCGUCGGUAUCCCCAGUUUCAAUGGCUGCGCAAAACGAUAUCCAGAGAAAGUUGGGUGGAUGGAGUUUUGUGAGUCAUAUAGACUACGACAAUUACGAUGGUCAUCGUCAUCCCGUCAAAGUUAUACCAGGAACCCCGCUCUAUGAGUGGUUCAAGCCAUCGAUAGAGAAGGCGGCCGCUGCGCGGAAAACCGCGGGAGAAGGGGAGAAGCUGGGGGAGAGAGAAGAUGAGCAUAAAGAAGAGGAGAAGGAGGAGGAAUGGGGAGACCUUGUUGUCAAUAGCUACCAUCACCAAGGUGUUCGGCGUCUUGGUUCCCGUCUUCGUCCCAUGGCUUACGCGCCAGAUGGGCUCAUUGAGGGCUUCUACGAUCCCGACACGUAUCAUCCGGACGAGGGGCGAUUCAUCGUGGGGCUUCAAUUCCAUCCAGAACGAAUGAGGCACGAGCAGGACGGAGGGAUCCCGAUGGCUGCUACAUCUGCUGCUGCGUCGUCCUCGUCUUCUGCUUCAUCGAACUUGCCGACAGAGGGAUUGUCCGCGGCAGAGGGCGCCGAGCUCGGAGAGGGAGAGUUGAUGGGAGAGGAUGACAGUACCUUCAGCGGUGGGUACUUUUCUUCCUCCAGCGAUGGCGGCGAGGGGGAGGUUGGAGAUGCACAGCUGCCAGAUGACGGGCAGACGACCAUUGAGGAGGUGUUCGACUACCCAGAGUGCCCUCGGGCCUAUCAAGAAUUCGUAAAAGCUGUGAUUGCUUACCAACGGCUGGAGAUCGAGAGGAGGAAGGGGGUAGAGAGAGCGUCCGCGGCUGCGGCUAUGGCUGCAGGGAGAGAAGUGGAGAAGCAGAGGAGAAGCUUGGUCCGUAGCUUCUCCCUCGCGAAGAAUAUCUAUGAUGAAGAACACGUCAGCAGGCGGAGACAGGUCAUGGUGGGAGGGGGCGGGGAGGAUGAAGAAGAUAGGGAGAGGGAGUUGAGGAGGGUGAGCAGCUGCAAGGGGAGUGUAAAUAGAGCAAUGGGAUUGGCAGAGGAGGAGGUAGGGGUGAGGAGAGUAAGCAGCUGGAGGGGGAACAUGCACGGCGUGGUAGAUGGUGGGGAGCAGAUUGGAGUAAGAAGGAUCAGCAGCUGCAGAGGGAGUAUUAGCAGAGGCGGGGGAGGAGGAGGAGAGGAGGACAAUCGAAAGAUGAGAAAAUCCAAGUCCCAGCUUGCCCUCGAUAGGGGAGCAGAAUUCCUGAAGACCAAUGCUGUACUCAAUCGGCAACAAGUUAAGAGACUUCACCAAGUUGGGGCUACCGUUCGUAAUCAGGGCCUCUUUAAGGCGUUGGUAGAAGGGAAGCAGAAAGAGAGGGAGUCUGCCAAAUUGGCGUUAGGAGUAAUGAACCGCCAUGAACUUGAAGAAGCACUCGAGUACCACAAGAUGAUGCAGCAUCUUGCGCAGGAGACGCUCUCGCAAAUGGUGGCUCAUCAUGACGAAGAAUCGGACUCUGAUUGAUUGAUUAUAUGGAUUGGUUGAUUGAUUGAUUGCGUGAUUGAUUUAGGGAGUGUGACACUGAUAUCACACUAGCAUCUGCGACCUCGCACAUGGUGAGUCAUCAGGACGAAGAAUUGAAGCCUCUGAUUGAUUGAUUGAUUGGUUGAUUGAUUGAUUGAUUGAUUGAUUGAUUGAUUGAUUGAUUAGGUGAGUGUGUGAUUGAUUUUGCAUUAGCAUCUGCUGUGGUCGCACAUAUCUGUUGAUCAUGACGAAGAGUCCGACUCUGAUUCAUUGAUUGGUUGAUUGGUUGAUUGAUUAGGGAGGGGGUGAUUGGUAUUGCACUGGAUGCUGCUUCCCGAAAUAGAUAUAGAUUCUGUUUGUGUUUGGAUUCGUUUUUCUCGUAGUGUUUGACAACGAUUUUUUUUAUUUUUAUUUUUUUGCGAUGAUAUAUGUUUGAUGCGCGGGGAGAGGAGUAACUACCGUUGGUUCUUCUCUCUUUCUGUUCUCCACUGCUUUGUGUCCAGGUACACAAAAUGCGAAAAUUAGCCCGGCCGGUAUGUACCUGGGUGUGUAUAUAGCGGGGUGCAUGAUCUGCAGCUGGACGUUCAAAGGAUUUCGAUGUCUAUGAUCUGCACCUGGACCGUGCAGUUGCUCAUAUGCAUGCAUGCUAACGUGGCUAGUUCUGUCCUAUUAUAUGCAGACAGACUAUUUCUGUCUUCCACUCUCGUCCGUUUUGCAUGGCAAUCUAUUUUUAACCUUUCGCCACGUGACGGCUUUUUUUUGUUCUUUUUUUUUUCGAGUUAACUCCGGAUAACACAAUUCGUCGACAAAUCACAUUUUAUGAAUGAUAUUUCCAUCCUGAUAUGUCGGGACAAUUUUUUGUCCACCGUCAUCAAUAUUUUUUCCACCCUCGUCUCCCAGGGUGAACGGAUUUAAUCACCCUGAUCUGUAAAGGGAUUAACGAUUUUCCCACCGUGAUCUGUCUUGAUUUCUUACUUUCGGUCGGUCUACCGUGCGGCACGUAACCUGUGGACGGAAAUGAGGUCAGGUGCAUUCACGGAACCUAGGGACAGGACUGCAAUUAGCAAUUCGCUGACCAUGCGCAUAAUAUGCUGUUUGCAUCGUGAUCUCUAAGGGCAUACUCUUUUUCUUUUGUUCUUUUUUUUUCUCUGGACGCAAAUGCGGUCAGGUGCAUCCAGACCGGGUCGGAAAAGCGGUCAUAUACAUGCAGGAAAAUUCAUUACGGUAGUGUUAAGCAUGCCGUCAGGAGGAAUGGAUUUAUCCACCCCUCAUCUGUGAAGAAUGAAUGGCUUUUUCCAACCUUAGGUUGAUCUGUCAAGAUGUUGUUCAUCCCGUCUGCCGUGGGCCACGUAAAAAACGUCUUUUCUUUCUUUUUCUUUCCUCCCUUUUUUAGAAAAAAAACGGCGACAGCCUUGUGAUAUAUCAUCAUGUGAACGGACCGGCGCUAGGUGAUUCAGAAUCGCAAAGUUGUGCUCAUUUGCUUCCACUGGAGCUCGAGCGCGGGUCUGUAUUUCAACAGCUCAUGGGUGCACGGGCUGAGCUAGGCCAGUUGGUUAACGGUUCGUCUUGAUGACCGGUAGGUUGUCCCCGACCGUUAUCUUUUAGUGCGACCGGUCGAAACGUGCGUCAAGGAUACGCGCGACGGCGUGCUGAGUUGCUGUCUCUUAAUCAGUCGUGUUUGUAAGCGAAGUCUGUUGGCUAUGGCUGCUUUUUUUAGCAGCUCCUUGCAUCCGUCUGAUGGCUAUUGCCAGCGUCUUUCAGCAGCUUGUUGCAUCGCAUUUUUUUCACCGUAUUUUGCGCACAAUGAAAUGCCCACCGUUAU